CCCAAACUCCCCCACCGGCGGUGCUCCCCGAAAGUCGGCGCCUGGGGCCCCGCCUGUCCCACCGCCCCCGCGCCCCCGAGCCCGCCCUUGGCCGCCCAUUGGCGCGCGGCGCGCGGGCGGGGCCGGCGGUUCCCCGGGCGGCGGCGCGGGCGGGGCGCAGUGCCUACUUAGCACCCUCCGGAGCGCGGUCCCCGGCCUGCUCGCCAUGGACGACCACGACGUCUCCCCGGGCCCCAAGGGCUCCUUGCGGAAGUUCCUGGAGCAGCUCUCCGGGGCCGGGAAAGCCAUCGGCGUGUUGACCAGCGGCGGGGAUGCCCAAGGUAUGAACGCUGCUGUCCGAGCCGUCGUGCGCAUGGGAAUAUACGUGGGGGCCAAAGUGUACUUUAUCUUCGAGGGUUACCAGGGUAUGGUGGACGGUGGCAGCAACAUCGUGGAAGCCGACUGGGAGAGCGUCUCCAGCAUCCUGCAAGUGGGAGGGACCAUCAUUGGCAGCGCCCGCUGCAAGGACUUCCGUUCUCGAGAAGGCCGCCUGAAGGCUGCUCGUAACCUGGUCCAGCUGGGCAUCACCAACCUGUGUGUGAUCGGCGGGGAUGGGAGUCUCACCGGGGCCAACAUCUUCCGGAAGGAGUGGAGCGGGCUGCUGGAGGAGCUGGCCCGGGAGGGCACGAUCGACGCGGAGGAGGUCGAGAAGCACGGGCAUCUCAACGUGGUGGGCAUGGUGGGCUCCAUCGACAACGACUUCUGCGGCACCGACAUGACCAUCGGCGCCGACUCGGCCCUGCACCGCAUCAUCGAGGUCGUGGACGCCAUCAUGACCACUGCCCAGAGCCACCAGAGAACCUUUGUCCUGGAGGUUAUGGGGAGGCACUGCGGGUACCUGGCCCUGGCGAGCGCCUUGGCCUGCGGGGCCGACUGGGUGUUCCUUCCAGAAUCUCCGCCAGAAGAAGGUUGGCAGGAAAACAUGUGCAUCAAACUCUCAGAGAACCGCGCCCGGAAAAAAAGACUGAACAUCAUCAUUGUGGCCGAAGGAGCCAUUGACACCCAAAACAAACCCAUCACCUCUGAGCAAAUCAAGGAGCUCGUGGUCACGCAGCUGGGUUACGACACGCGGGUGACCAUCCUCGGACACGUGCAGAGAGGCGGGACGCCUUCAGCCUUUGACAGGAUCUUGGCCAGCCGCAUGGGGGUGGAGGCCGUGGUCGCCCUCCUCCAGGCCACGCCCGAGACCCCGGCCUGCGUGGUGUCGCUGAGCGGGAACCAGGCGGUGCGGCUGCCGCUGAUGGAGUGCGUGCAGAUGACCCAGGAUGUACAAAAGGCGAUGGACGAGAGGAGAUUUAAGGACGCUGUGCAACUCCGAGGAAGGAGCUUUGAGAACAACCUGAACACCUACAAGCGGCUCGCCAUCAAGCUGCCGGACUCCCAGAUCCCCAAGAGCAACUGCAACGUGUGCGUCGUGAAUGUGGGCGCGCCCGCCGCCGGCAUGAACGCAGCCGUGCGCGCCGCUGUGCGCGUGGGCAUCUCCGAGGGACACAAGAUGUUCGCCGUGUACGACGGCUUCGAGGGCUUCGCCAAAGGCCAGAUAAAGGAAAUUGGCUGGGCGGACGUCGGCGGCUGGACCGGCCAAGGCGGCUCCAUUCUGGGGACCAAACGCACCCUCCCGGGGAAGUACCUGGAGGACAUCGCCGCCCAGAUGCACACCCACAGCAUCAACGCGCUCCUGAUCAUCGGCGGAUUCGAGGCCUACCUGGGGCUGCUGGAGCUGUCGGCCGCCCGGGGGAAGCACGAGGAGUUCUGCGUCCCCAUGGUCAUGGUCCCCGCCACCGUCUCCAACAACGUGCCAGGCUCCGACUUCAGCAUCGGGGCAGACACCGCCCUCAACACCAUCACUGACGCUUUCCACAGCUCGCUGAUGCUGUUGAAGGAGCGUGACAGCUACCCUGAGUUUUGCAUCCCCAUUUGUGUCGUGCCGGCCACCAUUAGCAACGGUGUCCCAGGCACGGACCUGAGCGUGGGCUUUGACACAAGCCUAAAUGUUAUCGUGGGGACAUGUGACCGCAUCAAGCAGUCGGCCAGCGGGACCAAGCGCCGCGUCUUCAUCAUCGAGACCAUGGGCGGCUACUGCGGCUACCUGGCCAACAUGGGGGGACUGGCCGCUGGCGCCGACGCCGCCUACAUCUUCGAGGAGCCCUUCGACAUCCGGGACCUGCAGUCCAACGUGGAGCACCUGACGGAGAAGAUGAAGACCACCAUCCAGAGGGGACUGGUGCUCAGGAACGAGAGCUGCAGCGAGAACUACACCACCGACUUCAUCUACCAGCUGUACUCGGAGGAGGGCAAGGGGGUGUUUGACUGCAGGAAGAACGUGCUGGGCCACAUGCAGCAGGGUGGGGCGCCUUCACCGUUUGAUAGAAACUUUGGAACCAAAAUUGCCACCAGAGCCAUGCAGUGGGUCAGCACCAAGCUGAAGGAGUCCCCGGGGAGAGGAAAGAGGUUUGUGAGCGACGAUUCCGUGUGCGUGCUGGGAAUAAGCAAAAGAAACCUGCUCUUCCAGCCCGUGGCGCAGCUGAAGGAGGAGACGGACUUCGAGCACAGGAUCCCCAAGGAGCAGUGGUGGCUGAAGCUGCGGCCCCUCAUGAAGAUCCUGGCCAAGUACGAGGCCAGCUUCGAGGUGUCGGACGUGUGCCAGCUGGAGCCCGUGCGGCACCGCGGCCCCGAGGAGCAGGCUGCCAUCUAGAUGCCCGCCCGCCCGCCUACGCGCCUGUUUUGUAGCCUCUAAGUUAUUUAUGAACACUGUGUGCAGCCCUGCCCCCGCCCGUGGCUGUGCUCUCCGCUGCCUCCUGCUUCCUGGCCUGCGGCUCCCGCAGAAUUAAACGUUUGCUAAAAACCAA